AACAGGAAACUGUCUUACUUUGUUGUUGACAAGAGCUAAUUCGCUAAUUUAAAUUUAUAAUAUUUAUCUGCCACCCACGAAGAUGACUCCUGCAAAGUGUAAAAGUGGGCCAAACACCUAUCAUUAAAUCUCUUUAAGACACGACACAUCAAAAUAGCCGCACUCGUAUGUAAAUCAGGCUCCUUAUUAUGCACACCACUUUCUUCAUCUAACAGUACCUUUUUCUGGUGGUACUUUAAAAAUACUAAUUAAGAAAGCAAUUUUGACCAUCGCAAUCCCUAAAUAAACCCCCUGUUUCCAGUCCACCCAUCGCUGAUCCCCCAGUUUCCCCCAUUUUCCAAACCAUUUGUCACACUCCCCGAUAAUGACUAGAAAAUGGUGAAAUGAAAUUUUACUUUCCUCGUACUUUCUUGCCGACAAAUCAAUACUUAUUUCUAGCGGCAUUUUUCGCGACGACACUUCAAAUUCUUCCUGCCACAAGAGUUGUGCUUCACCAUGUCGUAUAUCACCACAGUGGGAUUUAUUUCAAUUUCGAUUUGUGUGACUUGGUGCCAAGUGACCCUCCCGAACCAGCCCAUCAAAGAUGCCCUCUACCUCCACAACGCCACUUCCUCGAAUCUGACCCUAAGGGACUGCUCGUUCCGCCCAACUGACCAACGGCAGCGCUGCCCCGACCCCGACGUUAGGUUUAUUUUGUACAGCGGGGGCGAAAGCGAGGUGGUUGACUACACAAAAAGCGAUUUUUUGCGGCAGAGCAGGUGGGACCACACCAAGGAGGACAUGAUCCUGGUCCAUGGGUACGCGGGCGGCGAUGGUACCCUGCCCAUGGCCGUCCUCCGCGACGCGUACAUCAACCAUGGUUCUUACAACGUCUGGGUGGUGGACUGGGGCAAGUUGGGCCCUCCACCCUGCUACAGGGCCGCCGUUCACAACAUGAAAGCGGUGGCGCGGUGCAUUGGCGACCUGUUGAUGGCCCUAAGGGCCAUGGGACUGCAAACCGAUAAAAUGACCUGUGUUGGGCACUCGUUAGGCGCCCACAUCUGCGGCUUGAUUUCGCGCUACGUUCUGUUCCGAAUCCACAGAAUCAUAGGGCUAGACCCUGCCAGGCCCUUAGUACCGAACUCCUCACGGCUGGAAAGUGGGAGUGCAGCCGCUGUCCACGUUCUCCACACAAAUGCAGGGCAUUAUGGUGAAUCGGGGAAAAGCGGCCACGUGGAUUUUUGUAUUAACGGCGGAAGGGUACAACCUUAUUGCGAAAACUCUGGACUCGAUGAACAGUUGUGUAGCCACGUCUGGGCUGUGUGUUACUUGGCGGAAAGUAUCCACAAGGAUUUUGUUAAAAGGGCAGAGCCCUGCUCCAGACGGUGUCCCACGGGGCCAAGGCCGGGCCACCGCAUUGGGAUCCCGAUAGAAAUGGGACAAUUUACGCCUUUGUCGGCGAGUGGUUCGUAUUGUCUUCAUGAUAAUUAUCCUCCGUACUGUCCGACGCAAGCUGGAGGUGUUGGGGAUAAAAGAUGUUGCUUGAAGUCGCCACAAAUCAAACCACCCACAACUACGGAAGUUGAAGGAAUCCCUCCAUUCCUACUCUUCCAUGGAAAUGAAGAAACAAGUUGUGCCGUUAACGCGGUUUUUCGACAUCGAUCGAUGUUAGAAGCAUGUGUGUCCGAAAUGAUAAUUCCAGUGGCUGUGUUGUGGUCUUACUUCCUCAUCUAUUUAUCACAAAUUUGCACCGUUGCAAAUUCACUGCAACUGCUUUUCGGUGACUGCCCUAUUUAUUACGAGGAGCCAUGCAAUACCAACAUGGUCAAAUUUUUUCUCACCACUGGUACGGCGAAUUUAUCCACCUACCACCAGCUCAACCCCUUCAAAGUGCACUUACCCGAAAAUUUCGACAAGCUAGCACCAGUCAAAAUUCUGAUCCAUGGCUAUGGGGGUUUGGGCAUCGACAAGGCUAUUAAAAGCGUCAGAAAAGCUUAUCACGAAAUUGGUUACAACGUUAUUUUAGUGGAUUGGGGGCCUCUGUCGGAAGUCCCGUGCUACGCCACUGCCUAUCUGAACACCUGGCACGUGGGGCAAUGUAUAGCAAUCCUAGCAGUGAGCCUAAUCCCGCUGGGAAUCUCCCCCAGUUCCCUGCACUUAAUCGGGUUCAGUCUGGGGGCUCAUAUAGCAGGGUUUACUGGCGCUAACAUCAACAGGGCUUUGAGCAUCCGUCCUGCGAGGAUAACAGGCCUUGAUCCUGCCCUUCCCUUCUUUGCAACACCUAACAAAGAGUGGAAACUCGAUCCCUCUGACGCCAAAUUCGUGGAUGUGGUCCACACAAGUGCUGGGACUUUUGGAAAAGUGGAAGCGCUUGGGCAUGUUGAUUUUUACAUGAACGGGGGAGCUUUGCAACCGGCUUGCUACCAAGCACCAUACCCUCCACUGUGUAGUCAUAUAAUGGCGGGUUUAUAUUUUGCCGAGUCCAUCAAAAACAAAAAAAGUUUUAUGGGAGUGCAGUGUGAAAAUAUCGCAAAUUAUGUCUUAGGACUGUGUUCGGAAAACACCAAGGCAGUCAUGGGAGAAUUCACCAACAAACGGAUCAGAGGAAGUUUCUAUGUUGAAACUUCCAACUCGACUCCUUUCGCACUGGGCUAUGCAUUUGAAAAUUUUAUAUUUAGUUAGUUUAAUUUUUUUAAUAAAGUACAAAGUUUUUAUCAAUACCUAUUAUUAUCUAUUUUUAAUUUGCACAGAUAAGUAAUUUUUUUCCAAAUACAAAUUCAGGUGGAAAAAAGAUGAAGGGAAAAAUCCCGACUGCUGAAGCCUUCUCACUUAAUCUUCUUAUUUUCAUCAUUGAAAUAAAACUUCCGUUUCGAAAAAAAUCGGAAAAAAAUGUAGAUAUUUUUUUAAAUAAAAGACUUGAACGCUUUA